CAGCCCCCGUCACGUGACCGGGCUCACUCCAAUGGGCGGCACCGGGACGACCUGAUGUUCCCGGCUGCCCGUGCGCCGGCGGUGGUUGGGUGGUAAGAUGGCGACUGUGAGUCUGCGGCUCGGCGAUUUGGUGUGGGGGAAACUCGGCCGGUAUCCUCCUUGGCCGGGAAAGAUUGUUAACCCACCCAAGGACUUAAAGAAACCACGUGGAAAGAAAUGCUUCUUUGUAAAGUUUUUUGGAACAGAAGAUCAUGCCUGGAUCAAAGUGGAACAGCUAAAGCCGUAUCAUGCCCAUAAGGAGGAGAUGAUCAAGAUUAACAAGGGAAAACGAUUCCAGCAAGCCGUGGACGCCGUAGAGGAGUUCCUCAGGAGAGCCAAAGGGAAAGACCAGACAUCAUCCCACACUUCUGCUGAUGACAAGAAUCGGCGUAAUUCCAGUGAGGAGAGAAGUAGGCCCAACUCAGGUGAUGAGAAGCGCAAGCUUAGCCUGUCUGAAGGGAAGGUGAAGAAGAACAUGGGAGAAGGAAAGAAGAGGGUGUCUUCAGGCUCCUCAGAGAGAGGCUCCAAGUCCCCUCUGAAAAGAGCCCAAGAGCAGAGUCCCCGGAAGCGGGGUCGGCCCCCAAAGGAUGAGAAGGAUCUCACCAUCCCUGAGUCUAGUACUGUGAAGGGGGUGAUGGCUGGACCUAUGGCUGCGUUCAAAUGGCAGCCGACCGUCAGCGAGCCAGUUAAAGACGCAGACCCUCAUUUCCAUCACUUCCUGCUCAGCCAAACCGAGAAGCCAGCUGUCUGUUACCAGGCAAUCACAAAGAAGUUGAAAAUAUGUGAAGAGGAGACGGGGUCCACCUCCAUCCAGGCAGCAGACAGCACGGCUGUGAAUGGCAGCAUCACACCCACAGACAAAAAGUCUGGAGCGGACACAUUCCCAGAGGAGCUGCUGCGGCUGCUCGUCAGGAGACCGCGCUUUGAGAACCACUGGUUUAGUAGGCCCGUGAUGAAAACCCCUGACCUUGGCCCUGGUGGGGGCAGCUGGGGGAUAGGAUUUUUGGGUCUUGGCCUCAUGGGAAGUGGCAUUGUCUCCAACUUGUUGAAAAUGGGUCACACAGUGACUGUCUGGAACAGGACCGCAGAGAAAUGUGAUUUGUUCAUCCAGGAGGGGGCCCGCCUAGGAAGAACCCCCGCUGAAGUCGUUUCAACUUGUGACAUCACCUUUGCCUGUGUGUCGGAUCCGAAGGCAGCGAAGGACCUGGUGCUGGGCCCCAGUGGUGUGCUGCAAGGGAUCCGCCCUGGGAAGUGCUACGUGGACAUGUCAACAGUGGAUGCUGACACGGUCACCGAGUUGGCCCAGGUGAUUGUGUCCAGGGGGGGCCGCUUUCUGGAAGCCCCGGUCUCAGGGAAUCAGCAGCUUUCUAAUGAUGGGAUGUUGGUGAUCUUAGCGGCCGGAGACAGGGGCUUGUAUGAGGACUGCAGCAGCUGCUUCCAGGCAAUGGGGAAGACCUCCUUCUUUCUAGGUGAGGUCGGCAACGCAGCCAAGAUGAUGCUCAUUGUGAACAUGGUCCAGGGCAGCUUCAUGGCCACCAUCGCUGAAGGGCUCACCCUGGCCCAAGUGACCGGCCAGUCCCAGCAGACACUUUUAGACAUCCUCAAUCAGGGACAGUUGGCCAGCAUCUUCCUGGACCAGAAGUGCCAAAAUAUCCUGCAAGGAAACUUUAAGCCUGAUUUCUACCUGAAAUACAUCCAGAAGGAUCUCCGCUUAGCCAUUGCCCUGGGUGAUGCCGUCAACCAUCCGACUCCUAUGGCAGCUGCAGCCAAUGAGGUGUACAAAAGAGCCAAGGCACUGGACCAGUCUGACAAUGACAUGUCCGCCGUGUACCGAGCCUACAUACACUAAGCCCUUGACCCCAGCCCACCCCCAUCUUCCCCCUGACGCCCUCUUCCUCACAUGGGGUUGGGGUCCUGGGACUUAAUUCUGGACCAGUCCACCUGUCUCCAUCUCCUUUUAUACAGACUCUGAGACUUGCCAUCAGCACAGCACACAGCAUCGCUCCUCUCCUGAAGGUCUUGGAGAGGGGAGGGUGUCGUCAGGAUUGGCCUGUGGGAAAGCUCUUGAGCUGGGCACUGGCCCUGGACUAGGUGGCUGUGUGUUCACACACACACACACACACACACACACACACACACACCAACACACCACACCACAUACUGGCUCUUGCCCCAGGAUAGAAGCUGCCCAGAAGCUGCUGCCUGGCUUUUUUUUUUUUUUUACUUCUUCCAAGCUGUCUUAUCUCAGACCCCUUCCAGUCGAGGAACUAGAAUCAGCAGGGAGAGCUAGAAGCUUUCCUACUGCUUCCCUCAGAGCAAAGAGGCAAUGGUUCUCUCCACCGUCCCCCACUGGAUCCCACGCAGAGGGAGAAGCUCUGGGCCAAGAUGAGCCAACACAGACUCUAAACAGAGAGUCCCACGGGCCCUCCAACCUCAGGUGACCAGCUGAUGAGGAUUGCCAUGUUUAAGCUACCGGUGCGCAACCAGCUCUCCAUAAAUGCCUUUGUGAGCUGAAGAGAGAUUGGCAGAGUCAAAGCAAAGACAGGGCUCUGGCUUUCCAGGGAAAGCAGCAAACAGCCAGCCCCUAGAUGAGCCUCAGAGAAGCCUGCUCUCCUCGCUGCUCUUCAGCACCUGUCCCAGAAGCCACCGCCACUGUGGAUCCCUGGGCUGGGAUCAGACUUGCUCUGGUGUAGAGGCGCUCUUCCCACACCAAGCUGUUGUAGUGUUUGGAUUUGCAUUCCAGCCCUUGGGAAGGGGUCCUGAGGGCCACCACUAAGGAGUUGGGGUGGGGGGGGGGUUCCUUCCUGUUUCCGUUAUGCCACAGCCCCUUCACCUGGUUCUAAAGAGCCACUCUGACCCAGGUCCCCUCCCAGCAGUCCCACCUUCUCCAACCUGUCCCUGCACAGGUCCCUUGCGUGCUCAGCUCCUCCCUUCCCCCUUUUCCUCCUAUGGAGACAGUAUUUCUUUCUGUUCCUUCUUUGGCCCAGACCCAGUCUGACUAACGAUGACCAUUUCUUAGGCUCAGCUCUUGAAACAGGACUAAUUGUCUUCACUUCAGCCAGCAGCACCGUCUUCGGUGUUUCCGGGGCCCGGGGACUGUUGGGAGGAAAGCGGAGAACCAGGCCUGACCAGACCUGAGUUAACUAACCCUCAGAGGUGGAUCUAAGACAUCCUCAAGACCCGAGCCAUUUCUCCUGGGAUAGGGGACCAGAGGGGCUUGGAACGUGGCAUAAGAAAAAGGAGAAGUCACCGAAAGGAUGUCAGUGUUUCUCCCUCAGCACAGGUUGGGUUUUCCAAAGUCACACGUUAGAGGGUCAGCAUUUACAGUGAAUAUGUAAUAAAUACGAGGCGGCCAUGCUGGUCUGGGCCCCUCUGCUUUACAGCCUUGUUCCUUUUCAGCCCAUCGAAACCCAGGUUAGGGGGUCUCAGAAAAUGGGAGCAGGGGAGAUCCCUGUGGUUUUUGGCACAGUUGUUAAUUUCACUGGGAUUUUGAAUUCUUUUCUGUCUGAACACAAAGCCUGUUCUAGUCCUAGCCGGACACUGGGGGGUGGGGGUGGGGGAGGAUGCUGUAAUGAAACUGGUUAGUGUUGUCUUAAUAUUGUUGACAAUUCUGUAAAGUUCCUUUUUAUGAAUAUUUCUGUUUAAGCUAUUCACCUUUGUUUUGAAAUCCUUCCCUUUUAAGGAGAAAAUGUGACACUUGUGAAAAAGCUUGUAAGAAAGCCCCUCUUCCACAACCCCAUUUUUUUUUCUUUUAAAUCUCCUUUAAAUGACAAAUCUAGGUAAUUAAGGUUGUGAAUUUUUAUUUUUUUGCUUUGUUUUUAAUGAACAUUUGUCUUUCAGAAUAGGACUGUGUGAUGUUUAAAUGGCAAAAACAAAACAUGAUUUUGUGCAAUUAACAAAAGGCUACUGCAAACAAAAUAAAACGUUUCUUGAUAACA